AUCUUGUACACCCACAUGCCAAUUUCUAUCAUUGGAAAUGAUCUCAUCUUUUUUAUUCCAAUCUUGUACACCCACAUGCCAACUUCUAUCAUUUCAUUGGAAGUAGCCAGAAAGAUGAUUAGAGCUCUUGAUCUGCUAAAAUCAUUUCGAACUUUGCUGCGUACUGAUGUUGCUGCAAAUAAGUUUUUGAGAGAACUCAUUAAUGGAACUGCAGAUGUCAGAAACAGGAUUAAUGGAUUCAUGAAGUUGAGUUCUGUCAAGGCAGAGUGCCUUCAAGUACUCAAAUUCCUUCGCGAAACCUUUUCUGCUCUAAAUACUACUGACAAAUAUGUAAUUCGAAGUUUUUGCUUGCAAAAUGCGUGCUUGAUAUUCUGCACUGCUUCAAGCUCUGCUAAGUUGUGUACAGAAGAAGAAAACCCACUGGAACUGUUGGUGAUCGAUGAAGCUGCUCAGCUCAAAGAAUGUGAAUCCACUAUUCCAUUACAGCUCUCUGGUAUCCGUCAUGCUAUACUCGUUGGCGAUGAACGACAACUUCCUUCAAUGGUUCAAAGCAAGAUAUGCCAGAAUGUUGAAUUUGGAAGAAGCUUAUUCGAGAGGCUGGUGUUAUUAGGGCAUAAAAAGCAUCUUCUUAGUAUCCAAUACAGAAUGCAUCCAUCAAUAAGCAUGUUUCCGAAUAGGGAAUUCCAUGACAAUAUGAUUUCUGAUGGUCCGAAUGUCAAAGAGAGAACCUACGAGAGGCUUUUUCUUCGAGGAAGUAUGUAUGGCUCUUAUUCCUUCAUAAAUGUAAGCUAUGGCCAAGAGGGCUUUGAUAACAGACAUAGUACGAAAAACACGGUGGAGGUAGCUGUGGCUACCGAUAUUGUUGCAAGACUCUUUAAAGAAUCUAAGGUGUCAAAACAGAAGGUUAGGAUUGGUUACAUAUCACCAUACAAGGCUCAAGUAUUUGCACUUGAACAAAAAUUUGGAAAAACGUACAACACAAAUGCAAACAGUGACUUUUCUGUAAGUGUUCGAUCUGUUGAUGGGUUUCAAGGUGGUGAGGAAGAUAUCAUAAUUAUCUCUACUGUGCGAUGUAAUGGGCGUGGAUCAGUGGGCUUUCUUUCCAAUUGUCAAACGGCUAAUGUGGCUCUCACUCGAGCAAGGCAUUGCCUUUGGAUUUUGGGGAAUGGUGCUACUUUGAUUAAUAGCGGCAGUGUGUGGAAAAAAUUAGUUGUAGAUGCCAAGGCUCGGGGUUGUUUUUAUGAUGCGAAUGAUGACAAGAACUUAGCUCAAGCUGUUGGAGGCGCCUUAGUUGAGCUUAACCAACUUGAUAUAUUACUCAAGCCCGGUUCUUUUCUGUUUAGUAAUACAAGGUGGAAGGAGGCUAAUGCACUUGUAUCAUGUAGAGAAGAAUGGAUGUUCUCCUCCAAAGAAUGUCAAAUUAAGCAGCUGGCCUAAAGGUUGCAGAUGCACCAAGCUCAUAUGAGAUGCAUGAAUCAGAUUCAUUUGAGAUGCAUGAAUCAGAUUCGUCUGCUGCAACUGUUGGUUUGUUGCUGCUGCCGCCCUUGUGGUUGAUGCUUGUUAGGCUGCUGCUGCUGCAAUGUUGUUGUGAGGCGGCUGCUACUAGAUGUUUGGUCUGCUGGAUAAGUUUGUGGAUACUUUUCGUGUCGUUUUGCCUGUAUUUGUUAGUUUCAUGUUUUCAUUUUGUUAUCUGUUGUUUGUAAUGUGGGUUCACAAUUUGAAUGUAUUUGGGUAUUUUACUGAGUUUACCCUUUUAGGUUUUAUACACUGCUUCUAAAAACAGUAUCAGCAGUGUUUUUUUUGCUUGCAAAUCAACUUUAGGUGAUUUCAUAUCAAUGUUAUUAGUUUGUAAUAGUGGUGCCUGAGGGAUGCCUCUUGUAAAUCUGUAAAUCUUAUAAAAAUAUAUAAAUUAUUUUCAA